AGUGCACGCAGAGUCCGGAGGGAGGCCGGCGCUGCUGGCUUGCUCUCUGCGCGGCCCCAGGACUUUGCCAUGGGCUGGGGGCCGCGGGCGCUGCGAGCGGCCGGACCCAGGCAGAAGCAGCGGCAGAGGCAGCGGCAGAAGCGCCCACUUCGGGGCUGAGCGAGCCACGACGCGCGGGGCGCACGCCCGAGAUGGCAGCGUCCAGCAACUCCAGCCUGUCCGGCUCCUCCGUGUCCUCCGAUGCUGAGGAAUACCAGCCUCCAAUAUGGAAAUCUUACUUGUAUCAGUUACAGCAAGAGGCACCUCGGCCCAAGAGGAUCAUUUGCCCUGGGGAGGUUGAAAACAGACCAAAAUAUUAUGGGAGAGAGUUCCAUGGGAUCAUCUCUCGGGAGCAGGCAGAUGAGCUUCUGGGAGGUGUGGAGGGUGCCUACAUCCUCAGAGAAAGCCAGCGCCAGCCAGGAUGCUACACAUUAGCUUUAAGGUUUGGAAACCAGACUUUAAAUUACAGACUUUUCUACGAUGGCAAACACUUUGUGGGCGAGAAGAGGUUUGAAUCAAUUCACGAUCUGGUCACUGAUGGCUUGAUAACACUGUACAUAGAAACAAAAGCUUCUGAAUACAUUUCUAAAAUGACAACAAAUCCCAUUUAUGAGCACAUUGGAUAUGCCACCUUACUCAGAGAAAAAGUAUCUCGAAGGCUGAGCAGGUCUAAAAAUGAGUCAAGAAAAGCAAGUGUCACCAAUGAAGAACAUUCAGCAGUAGAAAAGAUCUCCUCCCUGGUUCGAAGGGCCGCUCUCACGUCCAACGACAACCACUUCAACUAUGAGAAGACACACAACUUUAAGGUCCACACGUUUCGAGGUCCACACUGGUGUGAAUACUGUGCCAACUUCAUGUGGGGACUCAUCGCCCAGGGAGUCCGCUGCUCAGACUGUGGAUUGAAUGUACACAAGCAGUGUUCUAAGCAUGUUCCCAAUGACUGCCAACCUGAUCUCAAGAGAAUCAAGAAAGUGUACUGUUGUGAUCUCACAACACUCGUGAAGGCUCACAACACACAGAGACCCAUGGUUGUGGACAUAUGCAUUCGGGAAAUUGAAGCAAGAGGACUAAAGUCGGAAGGCCUAUACAGAGUCUCUGGAUUCACUGAACACAUUGAAGAUGUCAAAAUGGCAUUUGACAGAGAUGGUGAAAAGGCAGAUAUAUCUGCCAGUAUCUACCCAGACAUAAACAUCAUCACUGGAGCCCUUAAAUUGUAUUUCAGGGACUUGCCUAUCCCUAUCAUCACCUACGACACUUAUUCCAAAUUUAUAGAAGCAGCAAAAAUCUCCAAUGCAGAUGAGAGGCUGGAAGCCGUCCACGAGGUGCUGAUGUUGCUUCCUCCUGCCCAUUAUGAGACCCUCCGAUACCUGAUGAUCCACCUCAAGAAGGUGACUCUAAAUGAAAAGGACAAUCUCAUGAAUGCCGAGAACCUGGGGAUCGUAUUUGGGCCCACACUGAUGAGACCCCCAGAGGACAGCACCCUUACCACGCUCCAUGAUAUGCGGUACCAAAAGCUGAUUGUGCAGAUUUUAAUAGAAAACGAAGACGUUCUGUUUUAAUCCAUCAAGGAAAUGAGCAGAAUAUCCCCAGCCCCACUGAGGUGAUAAGGCUAACGGAAGUGCACUUGAUUGGUUUUGCAAACAAGUGAUGGAAUUCCCUUGGCCAUUGGCUACUGUGUCUCAUAGACACUGGCCUCCUCGACUGGUCGACAGCAACUGCGGGGAGAGAAAAAGGCCCGGUAUGGGGUCUUCGCACCUCAUAUGUCAGUUUUGCCGGAAGUGUGAUGGAGCAACGUUUAACUUAUUAGGGGGAAAAAAAAUAUACAAUGUAGACCUUUAAAUGUGUCUAGUAAGAAAUAAAAAAGGGAACUUAAUACAUAGAGGUACUUGAUACAUUUUCCACUUACGAAAAGACAAUUCUGUAUGUUAAAUGAAACAUAUAUUGUAAAAUGUAUUUUUAUGUUAGCUGCAAGAAUGUUACUUUAUUUUAGCAAAAUAGAACUCAAUGCAGUGCAUUGGUUAUUACCUUUGUACCUUGCCCCGCAUUCUUGCUAUGAUACCCUGAGACUGUUUACCACAAACGCAGUAUUAUCUUGACAUACCUAUGUCCUGCACAGUGCUUUGCAAUGAAAUUUCACAAGCCACCUUAUGUCUCUGCUUUCCAUAUUUGUUGCUGAUAAGUACUGGCAUUUUGCUAUGGUAUGGUGUCUAUAGCAACUGUAAGAUAGUUGGAAAUGUCCAAGGUUUUCUUUCCAUUAAAAUCUUGUGGCAUCCCAACAUAUGCAUCAGGAUUGGCCAUAGUCUCUCUGCACCAUAGAUGUAUAUCCCAGACCAUGCAAAAUAUGCUCAUUUUAUAGAAAAUGUUUUUGGAACACUUAUUAUCUCGAGGCUCUAUGAAAAGUCAGCACUUUUCUGCAUUUCUUUUUGGGUAAGCAUUCUGAAUUCACGUGUUUAUGGCAAGGAGGAAUUUUUUUUGCCACAUUUCUACAUUUAAAAAAUUUAAUCUGCAGAAUGAUUGUUGAUUUUUUUCAUUUUUGUUUUAUAAACAAGCUUAUUUUUAAAUGAGAAUGAAUCAGUUUGAUUUUUACAAAUACGUGUUUGUCCUUGAUUAAGAGCAACAUUGUAUAGAUAACUUAAUAUGAUUUUAUUAUAAUAAUUCCAUAUUAUUGACUGUUUAUCUUCGCAUGAGAUUUUUCACACCAAGAUUUCUAUAUUUUGUAAAAUAGGAAAAACAUAUAAAACAUCAAAAACUGUAAAUAUAGAAAUUUCUCUCUUAAAUUUGAAAAGACCAUCUUUCCCUCUGUCUGAGAUGAUUUAUGUAAUUCUUCACUAGUCUUGUUUUGGAGUGGCCAGGAAAGAAUCGUUGUGUAACAAGAAAGAGCAUGGCAAAAGGAGUGUGGUGCGAUUAUCCCAGAAAGUCCCAAGGGCUAUGUGGAUGGAGGCCAUUGGUACCUAGGCCUUUGUAUGCUUCUGCCUGAUCCCUGCCAUUUUGGUUCUUCCCAACUGUACAGAUUGUUGUUGUAGCCUAUGUAGUUUAUUGAUACUGUCAAAAAAAUUAUCUGGAAAUGGUUUUAUUUUGUGAAGUGAACAAUACUUUGUAAUUUAUGAUAGUGUAAAUGGAAGGAAAAGCAUUAAAUGUAUUAAAUUCUUUGGUCUACCAUUUUGGAAUAUGGGAAGUAAGUGGUAUGGGGAGUUAGGAAUGUUGGUCCCAGGUGGAUUCAGGCAAUAAAAGUUUUUAUCAUCACCAACA